AUGGCGAGAGCAUUCCCUCGCUCUGCCACCUUGCUCACGCAGCUUGCGUCGAGUACCAACCAAGAGAAGCCCGAUGGAUCAGCUCAAGACUAUACCGAUCAGGGCUUUGCCAUCAUCAUAAAUGCCGUUGAACACCAAUUCAAGAUGCAGCGGGAUUAUAUGGAUGGCCGGUUUGGCGAAAUGGAUGCUCGCCUCGAUGGUAUCGAUGCUACAGUAGAACAGCUCCGCGCAAUGAUGGCCAACGGGAAAGCAGAUCGAGCCGUCAAGAUCCUCCUGCCGGUGGGUGCAUAUCAAACCGACGGUAGGUAUGCAACUCCAGACAACUUUCCCAGGACUGUCGCAGACUUUUGGAAGCUGAAAAAUGAUCCGAAGGCGGCCCAGCUGGUGUCAUUGUGCCAAUUCUACAACGUCAAGCGCGAAGAACUCAUUGACCCAGAUGUCGAGGAUAGCAGUACCGAAGAGGGAGUCCCAUAUGCGUCUUUGAGUCUUAAGCAACUCGUCCGAAGGUUUCCAAUCAUGGCACAUAUGGCACUCGCAGAUCGGAUUGGCCUCAAAUAUAGCAAGGUUUCCGCGUUCAUGCAGAAGCUGGGUACUUAUAUGCACACGACGACAACGAAGCGACCCCAGCCCAAAGAAACUGCAGAAGGCGCUAAGAAACUGGCUCGAACCGAGAGUGCAGCUCCAGCGCCAACAACGCCGGAAAACCCAAAACCCCCGAGCCCUCAGGGAGCCUACCAAAGGUUUUCCAAGGACGAGGUUGUGCCCCUAGAGUACCUUGUGAAAACAACACCUUCAACGGUCGAGUCCGAGUUGCCUUCGAAUAGGACACAGCUGGGAUGGGCCGAGACUAGUGUACGCCGAAUGGUGGACGAGCGCGUGGAGCGGGAAAGGGAGCAACUGCAGCGAGAAGAGGCAGAGGCAGAGGCAAAAGCUGAGGCUGAAGCUGCCGCUGCUCCGCCGCGUUUUCCGCGUGUGCCCGCGCCCCCCGUCUCGGAUUCUACGACCAGCCCGCCGCGCUCCGGCGAUACAGAGCCUCUCAGCUCUCCGUUGCGAUUACUGGGUCAGUCACAGGUACCCUCCCGGCCGAAGCCCAGCAGGACGUCGGACAGCGGGAAGAGGUCCGCAAGGAAAUGA